AUGACGACGGUCCCACCCGCCUCGCUUCCGCGCCGCCUCUACACCCUCCUGGUCACCGACCACCUCCUCAUCUUCCUCGUCUGCAUCCUUCUCACCGGCCUAGUCUCCAUCCCCCUGAGCGCGUACCAGACCACGCGCCCGUUCUUCCCAGCGGAGUCCUCUCUCUGGAACGUGUACAAGGGCGACACCAUCCCGACCGCCCUGGUCUUCGUUGUGCACUACGCGCUGCUGACGCCGCUCAUCUACCACUUCGCGUGCGUCACGCGUCUCUCCUCCCCGUCCACGCUCGCGCUCGGCCUUCCAUCGGCGACCAUGAUCGCCGUGCUCAUCGUCGAGAUGGGCAAGGGCUACGUCGGCCGCCUGCGCCCGUCCUUCGCCACAGUCUGCAUGGACGCCGCCCCGACCAAGGCCUGGCUCGACCUCCCCUCCAUCCUGUCUGACGCCGCGUGCCCGGCCGCCGACAAGAAGCUGCUGCACGAUGCCCGCAGGUCCUUCCCGUCCGGACAUGCCGCGCUGGCCGUGUGCGGUGCGGCUUACUUUCAGCUCUGCUUGAUGAGGGCUUUGCCGAAGAUGGAGGGUAGCUUUAGGAGACUCGCCUUGUACUCGUUGGGGUGGGGGGCCAUGCUUUGGGCGGCUUAUGUCUCGGCUAGUCGGGUGUUUGAUAAUGCACAUCAUGUCAGCGAUGUCGCAGUCGGCAUGAUCGUCGGGCUCUGGACGGCCAGAGUCCAUUUUCUUUUCGUCGCCGGGGAGAUUGACAGGGAGAGAGCCACGAAGGAAGACUAG